AUGGCUUGGCUUCUCAGCUUUCUCUUUUUACUUCUCGCCUCUUCUGCUAAUGCUUGUGAUCGCUGUAUUCAUCAAGCUACCACUACUUAUUAUUCUGGCGAUUCACCCACUUCAAAUGGAUGGGGGGCAUGUAGGUAUGGUUCUUGGGCGUCAGAGAUUUCCAAAGACUACUUUGCAGCAGCUGUGCCUUCUAUUUACAGACAAGGAGCUGCUUGUGGUGCCUGCUAUAAAAUAAGGUGCAAGGAUAGAAGAUUGUGCACAAAAGCAGGAACAAAGCUAGUUUUAACGGAUCAAAAUCAUGAUAACAGAACAGAUUUUGUUCUCAGUAAGAAAGCUUUCUCUUCAAUGGCUGGAAAGGGCAAAAUCCAAAAGCUUUUGAAUCUUGGAACUGUGGACGUAGAAUAUAAGAGGAUACCAUGUGAGUACAAAAAUAAGAACUUGACAAUCUUAAUACAAAAUUGGAGCCAAGCACCAUACUACUUUGCCAUCAAGUUCUUGUAUCAAGGUGGCCAGACAGAAAUAUUAGCUGUUAAGAUAGUUCAGGUUGGUUCUUCAAAUUGGAGCUAUCUAAAGAGGAAAUAUGGGGCUAUUUGGGAGACUAGCGCAGUGCCAGAAGGGGCAUUGCAGCUAUGGAUGAAGAUCAUAACUUCAGGAUUUAAAGAGAAGUGGAUAAUGGCAAAUAAUGUGAUUCCUGCUGAUUGGAAAAGUGAACUGAUUUAUGACAUGGGAAUCCAAAUUAAGGAUGUUGCCCAAGAGUUUUGCCCUCCAUGGGAAUGUGGUGAUGCACCAUGGAUAUAA